UGUUUUGAAGCAGGGUGAGAUAUAUGUGUGUAGUUUAUACCUUUGGAAUCGAAUGGAACAGUGCAGCUUGUUUGGACGUUUGAUUUACCUCUCUCUCCCACCUUUUCCGAGGGGACAAACCUCCCCAAAAUACAUUUUGCUGAUUUAGUGUAAUUUAGUUAAAUGUGAAGUAUCACCCACUAGUCGUCUGAGUUAGCAACUGACGGUACAGUGCCAUAGUAAGAGUAUCAACGGUGCUGCUGCCAACAUCGAAUAAUUGCCUAAGCAGAAGGUACUUGAGCUAAGUACAACUGAUAUACUUCUUAGAAGUCACGUAAUGGCGGAAACAUCUUGGAAUGCAAAGUCAAAAAGGGCUCCGAUGAAAUCAGUGACAGAAGACCCUUCGCAACUACAGUUUACCCCCCAAAGGAGUAAAUUUGGUGCCACCCAAGCUGGGCAGACAAGAUUGCCGGCUGGGGCAAUUUCGGAGGAGGAUACUCCGUCACCUCUGGAAAUUGGCGAGAUUCGCUCACGAGCUGCUCAACUUAAAGAGAGAAUCUGGCGCUUGCGAUUGCCAAGUCGGCAUUCAACAGGCCAAGAGACUGCCCAAUGGGAAGAGCAGAAAGAUCUCAUUGUACACAAACAAGAACUUGAUGAAAAACGUCUGCUUCUUAUCUCAGAACAGAAAAAUAAGAUCGAUGGGACUGUGCUUGAUGUGAAAAUGCGAGCUCUUUGGUCAGAAAAUAGGCUGGUGGCACUGAAACGAGAACUCCUUCGCGAGGAAAACCUGCUAAGUAUAUCUGAAGAAAAGGGACCGAUUUCACCCAAGGACAGGUCAAAGUCUGACGACAUUCGCUCUGAGAUUGCUAAUGCUUUGACAAACCUGAUAAAAAUACAGGACGACUUACUUUAUUACCAACCUGUUUUCUGGAAAUAUCGCUUCCAGCAUCACUCCCAGUCAUACCUAUUUCAUGAAGUCUUGGUGUAUGCUGAAUCUAUCCUGUUUAUCUUGGAGAGUCAGGUAGGUCUACAAAAAGGAAAAGAAGCAAAUAAGUCUACUGACGAACAAAGUCGUAUCAAUAGCUUACGGCGAGUAGCUGAUGCCCAGCAGGAGCUGCUGAAUAUGCAAAAGAUGACGUACCAGGAGAUGAUUGGUACCACACAAGAGAAAGAGACUCAUUCUCAAGGAGAGUCAGAGGAGGAAAAGACGGAACUGUUGCAGGGAAUGUCUGUUAUCAGACAAGAGAAAGGGACUCCAGGUCAAGCUGAGAGUGUGAAAGAAAUUAAACAAACCGAAGAUGCUUCUAAACAGCUUGAACUCAUAUUAGAACAGACGCAAGUUGCAGCUGAAAUUAAGCGAGAGGAUCAUCAUGUUACUGUAGAAGAAAUUCAUUCUCACUUUUCUGCAAUGUUCGAAACCACUUUGGAUGCAUUGCUUCUAUUAACAAGCAGUUCAACCCUCACCCUGGAGCAUUUAAUGGAAGGUUUCAGCGAUUUCUUUUGGGUCAUCGGUUGUAUUGAUGGCAUUUCCGACAACAGUCACGGUGGCUGGCAUGUAACGCAAUUGGGUCGUGCCUUAUCGCAUACGAAUCAACGAAUCGUUCGGGAAAUCAAGAAAACUGCUGUUGCAGGAGAACUUUCUCCAAUAUUCGACGUGAAAGAACUUCGUUUUCCAGAACAGAAAAUAAAGCAAAAGUUAAAUUGUGCCAGACUGCCCAAGGUCAAAUGGGGCCAGACUGCCCCCUCAACUUCUCGGAGUAUAGCGCAACCGACAGAGUCGCUUUCAUAUGCUCCAUUUUGUAUCCAGUCCGAUGGUGUGCCAUUGAGAAAAAGUACAGACCAUGAAAAGCUUUUGAGUCAGAUAGCCUCAGAGCUAGGCGAAGAAUGGGAGAGACUAGCUACAACUUUGGGAGUCAGCUCUUCAAAGAUAUUCCAACUGAAAGAAAAUAACCGUGGAAGUAUUGGGAACGCCAUGUUUCAAAUGUUGUUGUGGUGGCAUCAAGGGGGCGGUCAGCUUGCUGACCUGGUGUCUACUUUAGAUGACGUUGGCCGUAAUGACUUGGCUACUGAUUUACAAGACAUGAUCAACCGUAACCUAGCGUUGCAAAGCACUCGAUCCUCUCAUAGACCAAGGCACACCCAAAAUGCAUAUAAGCAAGGGUUUACCGAGGGAAAGGAGAGAAGGGGAGUGAGUCACAAGUUAGAGAGGGCUUCUUGUCAUGUAUGUUAAAGGUAUACCGUGGCAUCUAUGUAUUACACGUAUAAUAAUAAUUCCCUAAUUAUCCAGCCUCAUUAUUUGUAUGAAUCUGCCGCACCUGCAUUGCAAAUUUGCCAGUUUUAAACUAUUUUCAACUGAGGAUACCCUUUUAAUUCUCCCAUUUCAUCAAUAAACAGGUUCAGACGUUUACAAUUAAGAGGAGCUCUGGCAGGGUUUUAGUGAAACAUGUAGUUGCUAUUCAACACUGAGAACUUCUUGCAUAAUUUCUGCUUCAUUUUGAAAAAAAAAUUGUAUUUUGAAAGUCGCACGUUGUUUUUCAGUAUUUUCCUCUCUUCAACUCUGCUUUAUUUUGUAAACAAGCACCACUCCUCUUCCAUUAGCUUAGAAGCCUGCUCGACAUGUAAGGCCAAAAUGGUCAGCGUAGACUUGUGGGGAGGUUUUAAAAGGUUUUUAUUUUUUGGUAUAAUACAAUGUCCCAAAUCUGCCAAAUUUGUUUGAUUGAUUGUAAUCCUGCUGCUGCGUAAUUUUAAUGUGUCUUAGAUGGGGGUACGGGUGAGCAAUAUGUAUAGGGAGUCCCUCUAGGCUCCCAUAUUUAGGCACUCUUUUUCAGAUGACGUCAUAUUUGUAUUGUAAAAUUAAAUCUGGGAUCCAUGCAAACGAGGUGAUAUUAUGUCCUGUGUACAAGCGGAGAACAGUAAACAGUGAGGUGUCAGUCUAUUUCAGUUUUGGUGGCAGUGCCGUUCGUACGCAUGUAGCCACACUGGACAUCGCGCGUUAUUAUAAGUAUAUCUUAAAAAAAAGUGAGUGAAAAAGAAAAGAAAAGAAAAAAACAAGCCACGUCGCGGCACCACUUCUGGAGCCAAUUUCUGACCAGGAACAGGCGAUUUUUUCGGCCUAAUAGCUUACUUGAAUAACCACUGGUCUAUUUGGAAAAGAAAUUAUCUUACGAUGGACAUUUUACAUUGAGCGUAUGGGAACCGAUCCCUGUAUUAUCCUUUAACCUCUGAACAACGACAACUAAGGAUCUGAAUCACGGAAAUACCAUGCCACUCUAUAUAUCUACAUAUCGUUUGUACGCUCUUUUAUGUUGUUAUUAUUUCUGAUGUUUGCAGAUUCCUUUAGUUACCACUUUUUACCCCGAAAUGUAUAAAUUCAGGCUAACGUGAAAAUGUAAUAUGUAAGAGGUUGCAUUACGGGUUCGUUGCGUUACCAAGCAGAAGGGGUAAAAUUGUUCUAUGACGCCACAGCUGUAGCUCCUUUACUGGCAAAUACAGUCUUGCAAUUGAAUUAAAAACAAUAAAUUAAGCCCAUUCAUGGGAGUGGCAAACGCAUCCACAGGAAGUGGUUGUCAGUGACUUGUGGGACUCGUGUGAUCCCACAGUGGUUCGAACCUGACUUCAAUAUGUGACUGUAAUUUUCUUUCGCAUUUCGAUGUGGCAAUUCCUUUCAACUUGACUACAAGCACAUUAUGUAAUCCGGAUCGAGUCUCAAGUUAUAUGCAAUCAGUGCAUUAAAUGACAACCUAUAUCUGAUUUGCAGUGAGUAUUCCUCUAUGGUGUGAUAUUUCUAAUAUUCGGCUACAGUAGUAAAUGUAUCCAUGGAGGAGAAAAGUGUUCGUAUUCCUUCAUGACCCAGCAACGUCUGUUUUAAUGCAGUUCGUAUAUACCUCUGUAGCCUUUGAGAACAAUUUUACCCAACUUCAAAAUCUCGUGUGAUAUUACAAAGGUGUUUUGAUUUUCACGUGUAGGCCUAUGCGCAUUUGCUUAGUUAUGAGCGAAAGUUUGACUUCACCGAAAGCAGAAACCUCAAUGUUUUGCAGCUGUAUUUGCACUGAGGUUUGUCAGAAAUUAUAUUUUUUCCAUUGUAAAUUUGA